AAUACUCAAAAUGUUAGGAUCAGUUCGGUGGAACUUGUGAUAGAAGUCCGAUAGCAUACGGGUUGAUCGUCUUGAUUCUAAAUUUAAGUACUCAGUCUUAAAAAGAAUUAUUAACGAUUUUAUUUUAUUUAUUUUUGUUUUUGGUUCGAAACGAGAUUGAAACGCGAUCGCUAAUAAAGUGUUGGUUUUUUUUCUUGAUACCAUUAAAAUUAUAAACAAAAAUAUUUUAAUUGAUAUUUUAUUGUGUUUUAAAUAAAUGAUUAUUAUAAAAGAAAUAAGAAAAUAGUUUGAAAUAAAAUUAAGUUUGUGUAAUUUAUGCAGAAAUGGCACAUUUUAAUCCAUCAAGUUGUGGAUAUUAUGAUGAAUAUAGUGCUUAUAAUAAUUACAACAAUGUGUACCCGCAUCAGGAGUAUCAUAUACAAGCGGAUUAUGAAUAUAAAUAUGACCUCUUCGAUGCUAAAGUUCCACCUUCGCAACGUUCAUCCGGAUUUCACAUAUCGGAUAUUUUGAAUUUAGACGGUGCCGACCUGAAAGUUAAUGGUGCCGAAGGUGCGGGUGUUAUUGCUGCUGCUGGAGCAACAGCAGUACCCAGUGAAGUCACAGUCCCUCCUGUAAUUGUAAAUAAUAAUAAUAAUAGUACGAGCAAUAACAAUAAUAGUUUGAAUCAUCAAAAUUCAACGGAUGGCAGUGAUUCGGCCGACGCACAAAGCAAUAACAAUAAUAACAAUAACAAAUCCAGUGCCGACGGCAACCAUGAUGUGAACGCAAGCAAUCAUCAAAUUCAUGGAGCAGCGGUAGCAGCAGCCGCUGCGCAUUUAAUUGGAGCUAGUGGCCAUAAUACUGGACAAUAUUUGACUGCGAAUGGAAGUUUCAGUGAGGAUAUGGCAACGUAUCCUUUGACGCAUCCAAUGCUACAUCCUGGACGGCCUUGGAUGAAGGAAAACGAUCUUUAUGGUAUACAACAAACAGCCAGUCCAGACAGCACGUCGCCAGUAACUUCCGAGGUCUCCUACACCUAUAUCGGUUCCAACUCUAACUGCCAAACAUCACCAGCGCUAUCUUCCGACUACAAGACCUACAGUCGAUCUGCCGACGAAUCCACAGAUCAACUUCAAAACCUCUCCAAUCCAAAUGCAACCAUCAACAAGAACAGCGAUGACAGUAUCAUUGAAGAUGGCAUCGAUGAAGAAAUAAUCGACGAUGAAAACGAUCAAGACUCGUCAGGAGGUGCUGGCCAAGAUCCAUCUGUCCCGCAUAAAAAACGAAAACGUCGAGUUCUCUUCACCAAAUCACAAACAUACGAACUUGAACGAAGAUUUCGCCAACAAAAGUACCUAACUGCCCCAGAGCGUGAACACUUGGCCAGCUUGAUACGAUUAACUCCAACUCAGGUAAAAAUCUGGUUUCAAAAUCAUCGAUAUAAGACAAAACGUGCCCAAAACGAGAAGGGCGUUUAUGAUAUGAACGGUUCAAUGCAUCCUCAUCCGCAUCAUCCGUCGGCGCUACCAUCGCCACGAAGAGUGGCUGUUCCGGUUCUAGUCAGAAAUGGAAAAUCCUGCCUGGAUGGCAAGCCACAGGAUUGUUUAACCUCAUCGAUGCAAUCGCAUCAUCAUUUGGUGCUGUCGGCAAAUGGGGCUUAUCAACAUGGUUUACUUCCGCCGCCAGGUCAUCCAAAUCGUGGUUGGUGGCCUUAAUGGUUCUAGAAGAAUCGUUUGACGAUUGGAAAUGAAAUAAAAAAAGGCAAAAAAAAACAAAAUAAAUACAAAAAGUAGUGCGACUCGAAUAUUGGACAAUAAAUUAAACAAAAACAAAAAAAUUAAAUCAGAGAUCAAAAGAAUUUAUAGGAUUUGUGAAUUUAGUGCAAUAAAGUAGGUGAAAAAUAUAAAUUUAACAAAUCGCUCCUAAAUGCACUGCAAAUAAAUAAAUGGCUGCCGCUGGCUUGGCGCCAAAAAAAUGAGAAAACAAAAACGAGUACAUAACUAAUCAAUAAACAAAAAUAAUAAAUAAUAUUUAUUCAUUCUAUAACUGUUGUCUUUUGUAAAUAUUUACCAAUUUUUUUUUUCUUAAUUCAAAUUCAAUCUGUUAUUAUAUGAGUGUAAAUAGUAAUUUGUUCAUAAUUUAUAAUAAUAUAUAACUAACUUUUAAUACUGUAUAGGUUAGAGUAUGUACA